CUGCAAAGAACCUCGAAAAUGCGUUUAAGUUAAACAACCAAUUUGUCGAAGUAUUUUAACAGUAAACAUAACAAAUAAAAGAAGCAUGGCAAAGUGGAAAUUAUGUCGUCAUAUGUUUGGCACAGAGGAGUUUACUUUGGAGGAAGACACAAAAAUAUCAAUUGGAAGAGGAUACGACAAUAAAAUAACGUUGUCGAGCAUAGUAAUAUCGAGAAAUCAUUGUGUUCUAGAAGCACAAAAAGACCGCAUUUUAAUUACAGACUUAAAAAGCUCUAAUGGCACCUACAUUGGAAGUAAAAAAAUACUGGUUGGAGCUACAUUAUCUGCAAAGCAUAAUGAUUUGAUAGGUUUUGGAUGGACCACUGUGGUCAGCUCGCUUCCGUCCAUCACUGACAAUGACAAGCAUGUUUAUAAACUAGUCAACGAAAACUACAAUGAAACUGUGUUCAACAGAGAACCUACAUCUAGCAGAAUACAAUAUCUUAGUGACAGUGAUGAUAACCUAGAAUCGAAAAUUUCUUCCAUGGAUGCAGGGGAGGCCAAUGCUAAAGAACUUGUAUCUAAUAAAGUAAAAGCAGAGUCUAAGUCCUUGAAAAGAAAAUCACUUGAUAAAAUUGAUGCUGGUAGUACAAAAAUUAAAAAAGAUGAUAAUCUAACUGAUUCUAGUUUAUACAAUCAAAUAACAAAAAAAGAAGAGGACCUUCUUAAACAAAGCACAAAUGUCAUCAACCUUUUAUCAGAUAGUGAUAGUGAAGUGACAACCAAAGAUUCUAAAAAGAGCUUACAUGACACUAAGAAAGUUAAAAUGGAUCCUAUCUUAGAGGAACAGCCAAAACAUGAAACUAAGAAUAUUGAAAAAAAUCCAAUUUUGGAGGAACAACCAAAAUGUGACACUAAGAAAAUUAAAAUGGAUCCAAUUAUAGAGGAACAACCAAAAUUAACAGUCAAAGAAGAAGUAAUGAAUACUGAAAAUGAAAUAUCUGAUUAUGAAGUGUUUGAUGUAAAGCAAGAGUAUUUAGGAUUUGACGAUAAUGAACCCAUUCAAAUAGAAGAUAGUGAUACUGAUAGUGAAUCAGAACAAUGGCUACUAAGACUUUCCCAAAGCUCGCCUGGCAAACCAUUCCUGAGACGCAGCAGUGACAUAGUUCCUCAGCAAGAAAACACAUCAUACAGUCAGAUCGAUCCUAUUAUUGACUUAGACAAUGAUGAAGAAUUCUAUGAUGAUAUAAUAAGUAUUCCGCCGCCUCCACAACCUAAAGAAUCGGAAAAUAAGAUAAGUCCUAAUAAAACGAAAGAUGAUAUAGCUGCGAAAAAUAAGGAGUUUUUUGGGGAAAUAACUGAUGAAGAAGACUUUUUGAAUGAUAUGAUAAGCCUCAGUGCACCAAAAACUCCCACUGCACAUGAGGAUUUGGAGAAAGGUGAAGACAUAGUAGAUGGUUGUUCUACAGUUCCACCCAAACCUGCUACUGAGAAUCAAAAUGAGAUUGGAAAGAAAACACAAAUGAUUGAACCGCUUGUGCAGUUGCCAAAGAGGAAAUCACACUAUGCCACUAGUCCUGAAGGUAAAUCAAAAGUUGCUACAUCAUCAAGAAGUACUUCUGUAAAACCAUCUUCAUCUUCUUCCUCAAAGAGGAGUAAGUCAUCAAAACACACCUCAUCUAAAAAUCAGAUUAGUGUGGCACUAAAAGAAGAACGUAGAAAGAAAUUAAGGGAGAUUGCUACAAAAGAUAAGCAAACAGAACUAAAUUCUAGUAAAACUGAUAUUUUGGACAAUCAAUCCAAUAAAGCAAAGGUUAAUGUUAAACAAACGUCUUCCAACCGGGGGGCAUUCUUGACAGAGGAACAAGUAGCGCAAGCAGUUGUAAAACCUACGGCAAGAAAAACUAGUCCAGAAAAAUCUCAUAAAACGAAAAGCAAGAAAACAGAGACAUCUCGAAAAAGUUCACAUAGCCGGGAGGCGCGUUCCGAAGACAUUGAGAACUCAAACAAAAGAAAAGAAAAAGAUACUAAAGAGCCAGAAAAAAAUGAAACCAAAACGACUAAGAAACCAUCUGAGCAACGGGUACCACUUAAGAGCCUUAAACCACUGUCGGAAAGUGAAGAAACAAAGAAACCAAUAUUAAAAGUAGAUCCCAUGCCCCCUAAAAAAGCAAAGAAAUCGGUCCGUUUUUCUGAUGCACCUCCUCAAAUUGUCGAAUUCGAAAUAGAGCCAGGAAACAAACUGAUUAAAACUGGCUCUAUAAAAACUGCACUAGUAGACACUGCUCUACGUAUGCCGGCAUUCUCUUUAGAAAAAUUAACUUUAAUUAAAAUUCUGAGGUGGAAUCCACAUUGGCUACAUGAGCAAAUUAAUAAUAAUGACCCGCCUCCGAUAUUAGGACAUAAUAAUAUUCCCUUAAAUAUUUUCCAAGCAUUUGAUAAUCAUGAUCAAUAUGUUGGGCAAGUUGGUGACCUGCUUUUGAUGGAGAUCUGGGAAUGUGUAACGCAGGGCUACAUGAGGGUAAGGGAUCAGAACACCGGUAUCCCCAUGAAAAUUACUUCACUACCACCUCCACCACCCCAGGAACGCGUACACGACUUAUUCAAUAUUACUGUAGAAAUUGCUGUGCCAAGGUCUGAAACUAGAAAUGUACCAAGAAUGGGAGACAUAAUGAUUGUCUAUUUCGGACCAGAAAAUGCAAAGAAUUCAAGAUUUCUCUAUGUGACUAAUGUCCAACAACCAAAUAACAGACGACCUUGUUUCACAGUAAAUCUGCAUGCAAUUUUCACUGACAAGAUGAGGUCAAUGCACCCUGGCGAAGUGAUGAUCGGGAAGACCCUAGCGUAUAUUCAGAAAGAACUGACCCUGUUUGAAGCCAUGGCGUACCUGGCGGGGUCGCCACUUAGCGAGGCCAUCUUAAGACCGGAGCCACAACACUUCCCGGAAGUACCACACCAUCCGGAAUGUAAUAUGAACUCAAGGUGGGUACAGGGUCUAAACGACAGCCAAAAGGCGGCCAUAAGCGCGUCCGUGUCGGCGGCGCUCGGAGACCGGCCGCGCAUACAGAUGGUGCAGGGACCUCCUGGCACAGGCAAGUCGGUGGUGAUCACGGCCAUGGUGAUGGCGUACUUCUACGACCCGGCGGAGCGGCGGCUGCAGAAGCGCGGCAAGAUCCUCAUCUGCGCCACCAGCAACGCCGCCGUCGACGAGCUCGUCUGCCGGCUGUUGAACAUCAGGCAGACGCUGCCCAAGAACGAGCGGUUCCGCAUGGUGCGCGUGGGCCGCGCCGAGGCCAUGAACCCGCGCGCGCGCGACGUCAGCUCGCAGGUGCUGGCGCAGCGCGACGCGCGAGUGCGCCCCGACCCGCAGGCGCCCGCGCUCAAGGAAGAGAUAUCAAGACUGACUGCCAAAAUCAACAAGUGGAAGAGCGCGAGCCGCGACGCCAAGGACCCGUCCCGCAUCGCCUACUGCGAGGAGCGCGUCAAGCACUUCACGCUCAAGAGAACACAGUUGGGCGGGGCGGGCCCGGGCUCGGGCGGCGAGGAGCCGCGGCCCGAGGACGUGGCGCGCGCCGAGCGGCGCAUCAUCGAGUACGCCGACAUCGUGCUCACCACGCUCGCCUCCGCCAUCAACCAGAAGAUGCGCGGGUUAAAAAGACGUAUCGCGUUGUGCAUCGUGGACGAGGCGGGGCAGGCGAUCGAGCCGGAGGCGCUGAUCCCGCUCACGCUCGACGUCACGCGGCUCACGCUCAUCGGCGACCCGCAGCAGCUGCCCGGCUACAUCUGCUCACAGCGCGCGAAACGUCACGGCCUAGGCGAGAGCCUGUUCUCCCGCCUCUCGGGCAGCGCGGAGAUGUGGCCGCGGUCGCCGGUGGUGCUGCUGGACACGCAGUACCGCAUGCAGCGCGCCAUCGCCGAGUACCCGGUGCGCACGUUCUACGCGGGCCGCGUCGCCUGCGCGCCCGCGCCGCGCCCGCCGCUGCCCGUGCCGCCCUACUGCUUGCUCGCCGUGGCCAGCGGCGACAAGGGGCAGGGUGCAUCGGGCAGCAACGACAUGGAAGCGUGGGGCGUCAGUCGCCUCGCAAUCGCACUGAGUGAGGUAGCGCGGCGCCUGAACCUCAACAUGGCCAUCAUCACUCCCUACAACGCGCACAAGGAACUCAUCAAGAGGAACCUCAAAGCACUGCAGCAGGAUCAAUCGGAACCAGUGGAGGUUAACACGGUGGACAGCUUCCAAGGGCAAGAGCGAGACAUCAUAAUCGUGUCUCUUGCUCGCUCGCACGGCGUGGGGUUCCUGACGGACGCGGGGCGCCUCAACGUGAUGCUGACGCGCGCCAAGCACGCGCUAGUCAUCGCGCUCAACCCGCAUGCUUUCAUGAGAAACGAGCAGUGGCGUACUUUGGUCGAAGAUGCGCAAAGUCGACGACUUCUACGACAGCUGCCGAACAAAAUGUGCCAACCGCUCGCCCCGGGACAACCAGUCGAGGAAAUCCUGCAGUACAUAAACUAACAGUUAUUUUAUAUCCAUUUAUAUGUAUAAUAG